CACAAUAGGACGUCACAUUGUAUUCCUCGUUUCCAGAAACGGACAAUAGUACUCCGUUUCAAACAUUUCAGCACACUGAAUUAAUUGCAUGUAUCACAGAAUUAAAAGAGCAGCAUUUGAACUUUAUUGUGUAAGUACAUUUGGAGCCAGUUAGGACUCCGUUUGUAACGCUGUGAAAGCAGUAAAUAAGCUAGUAGGAAACACUGGCGCCUUGAAGCCCCUUUUUCCUUGUCUUCAGUAACAUAGCUGUCUGACGCUUUUCCUCCAAAAUGAUGAACUAUUCUGACUACGACUCUGAUGGAUAUUCAUCUAAUGAAGAUGCAGACUACGUCCCGUCAGACGAUAACCUCAGCGAGGACGACAUUAAUGAGUGUGAAAAGGAAGACCCUCUGCACGAGGGUGACAGUGUGCCACAUCCUGGCGAUGUCAUCAAGAAGAAGAGGAAGAAAAAGGACAUCAGUAUGAGAAAGAGAAAGAAAGGAGUACUGAAGGUAGACAAGGAGAAGGAUGGAGAUGGAGCAGAAGAGGCCCCGCCACCAGAGGAAGAGGUGGGAAAAUUCACUGAGGCACACGAGGAUGAUGAGGCAAAGCAGAAGAAAAAAUCCGAUGACCUGUGGGCGAGUUUCCUGUCUGAUGUCGGAUCCAGACCCAAAGACCCCACACCUGCCUCACAGUCAGGUACCACACAGAAGGAUGAUUCCUCAGUAUUGCAGGCUGAGUGUUUGAGUCCAACAACAAAAGCAUCAGAACCUGCUAAAGUCACCAUCACGAAAGUUUUCGACUUCGCUGGAGAAGAAGUGAGGGUGGAUAAAGUGGUAUCAGCAGACUCCAGGGAAGCUAAGAGUUAUCUGAAGAGCCAGAACACCAUACAGGAGGAGAAUGGAGACAAGAAGAAGAGCUCAUCACCCAGUGAACAACCUCCUCCUGGCCCCAGUGUCAAGCGUCCUGCAGGCAUGUCGAGCAUCCUGAAUCGUAUUGGGGGAAAGAAACAGAAGAUGAGUACGCUGGAAAAGUCAAAGAUGGACUGGGAUGCUUUUAAAUCAGAGGAGGGCAUCACUGAGGAGCUGGCCAUCCACAACAGAGGCAGAGAGGGGUAUGUGGAGCGGAAGAACUUCUUGGAGCGCGUCGACCACCGCCAGUUUGAGUUAGAAAAAGCAGUGCGACAGAGCAACAUGAAACAAUGACACACACACACAGAGUAGAACAGAUGUUUAGACUUCCUGUAUCUUGCUUUCUCUCUCUCUAAUGACACAGUUGCCGUUCCUCCAGUAAAGUGAGCUCAGACUGGUGCUGUGGCUCGAGUCUAUUUCAGGACGGGGAUAUUAAUAGGGUGAGUUUGUGGAAUGAUGGGGUGUUGAGUGUUCUUGUACUUCCAUCCUUGUGAGAACCAAUUUGAUUUUCAAACCUUCACACUGAGGGCAUUUUUUGGGGAAGUGAGGUCAUUCUUGCCUGUCCUACUUCCUCACAGGGUUGUGUCAGGGCUAAAACUUAGUUUUGGGGUAAAAGAAUAAAUCCAGUUUAUACAUUUACUUUUAUAGUUUUGUCCAUUAUUUCUACCUGUCAUGAUGAUGUCUUCACGAAGUUAACUGCUGAGAUCUGGGAACACAGUGAUGCCAUACAAAAAAGUCUGAUAGGUCAAGAAACAUGAACAGCCAGGUGAUCUAUUGUGGAAGUAAAACCCAAGUUGAAGUAAGCCAGAGAUACUCUAAUACUUAAAUCAGAUACUCUAAUACUUAAAUCAGUAUGUAUGUUUUUAUGUACCAUAAAAAUCUGCCCCUACCCAACAAGUUGAAAGGUAACCUAUAACUCUGCCUCUUCCUGCUGUCUCAAGCUGCCCUUAGACAGCUGCACACAGCACCUUCCUCUGCAGAUCCAUACAGCAGCAUCUCUUCAGGAGACUUCAGGACAAAGGGAUUGUUUGGAUUUUUUGAAGUGGAGUUGUGUGAGCUACUUGUCCAUAGUCAGUGUAUUACAUACAUUAGAUGUCAGUCAGGACAACCCCAUUACUGAAGGCCAAAAGCCGUUACUGGCUUCAGUUCCCCAUCUAUGCCCUCGUCAAAGCCACCAGACUACAUUGAGAGAAACAGUGAUUUAACAUCCCUGAACAUAGGAGCUGCUGGUCUACCGCUGCUUUAAUCUGUUUGUUUGUGUUAUUGUGUGACUUUGGUGAAUCUGAACUAACCCUUUUAAAUGCAAAAGUCACACAAUAACACUGUUUGAGGCAACGGUAGACCGUCAGCUCCGAUGUUCAGUAAUGUUAAAUCACUGUUUUUCUCAAUGGAGUCUUGUUCUGAAGAGAGCGAUAGAGUGACAAUAGGUUUCUUGGCUUAUAUGUCAGACUCCACCUGCUUCUCCAAGGUAGGGGCGUGCUGACGUAUGUGUAUACUGUCUAUGGUAAGUAUGUGCACGUUUUUCUGAGUGUACUAACCAAAAAGACUGUUGCAAACAUCAUACAGUAGCACACUACCCAGCACUAUGACAUCUAAAUUUCAAAUUCUUUUUGAUGACAUCCAUUUUUUAUUACAGAAAUUUAGAUGUCAUAGUGCAGGGUAGUGUGCUGCUGUAUGAUGUUUAAAUUUCUGUAAUAAAAAAUGGAUGUCAUCAAAAAGAAUCUGAAAGAUUGAAACUGUAUUAAAAUUCUACAGAUAGGGGCUUUAAUCAGCAGAGGGAUAGAUGCUGUGAGGUCUGGUUAAAUUAAUGCAGUUGUUGAAUGGAUUUUUCAUUGUUUCAGUGUUCAACCAAUAAUGUUUUUUCAGAUCAUUAAUGAUGUUUUUGGAUUGGAAAAAAAAUGUGUUAAAAUCUUUGUCAUACUGUUUAAACCAUCAUGCAACACUGAAACACCCUGCUGACCACUGUAAAAAUGAUAACAUGUAUUCAUGCAUUCAGGUGAAAAGCUUUCUGGGGACACUGUACAGAGCACUGUAAUGCAGAUCAAUACCACAAUAGAAAUGUAAUCAAUUAGUCUGCGUCUCAUCCAUCAUAAAUGAGAGGACCACACUGACUGCCGAUCCCUCAGGUGCUCUUUUGUCCUAGUUGUGAACAAACGUGGAACAAAGGCAGAGGGGUGAGAGGAGGAUUGAUGCAGAAGAGGGAGAUUUGAUGUUUUAUUUGUUUAACUGUUGGGUCUUGACGCAGCUCUCUGUUUGUUCAUGUAAAUAUUAGAUAUUCAAUAAACACAAACAGGUCAUUUUAA